AUGUCUUCUAAUAACCUUAUUUCAAUACCGGUUGACCUUUUCAUAGAAUUUGCUAAAAUAUUUGGAAAAAUUUGUGAUCCCCUCAUUACUCCUUUAGAAAAUGUGGUUAAAUCAAGUUUACAAAUCUUAUUUCCAUCUUUUUAUAACGACGCAGUGGAAUUUUUGGACUCAAGUCAAUCUCCAUUUACAUCACGAUUACCAUUAAUGAAUCCUUUUCAUGUGUUAAUGUUUUGUCUUGCAUAUUUAACAAUUGUAUUCACGGGAAAACAAAUUAUGGCAAAUCGUACUAAAGUUUCUGUUAAAAAUUUGAGUAUUGUUCAUAAUUUUUUUUUGGUUACUUUGAGUGCUUAUAUGUGUACAACCACGUUAUAUGAAGCUUGGAGACAAGGAUAUUCGUUGUUUACUAAUCCUGAGGAUAGAUCCGAGAAAGGUUUUCAGAUGGCGAAAUAUGUUUGGUUAUUCUACGUUUCGAAAAUUGCCGAGUUUAUGGAUACGUUCAUUAUGGUAUUAAAAAAGAAUAAUCAUCAAAUCACCUUCUUACAUGUUUACCACCACACUUCCAUAUUUAUUAUUUGGUGGUGGGUUACCUAUGUCGCCCCAACUGGUGAAGCUUACUUCAGUGCUGCUUUGAACUCAGCCGUUCAUGUUGUAAUGUAUGGUUAUUACCUUAGUACUACCCUUUCAAUUCCAAUUCGAUUCAUUAAGCGUUAUAUAACCUUGUUCCAAAUGACUCAAUUCACAUUAAUGAUGAUUCAAGCUUCUUAUGAUAUCUAUUAUUUCAAAGUACUACAUCCUGAACUUGAAGAAACAUAUCCAUUUGGUUUAACUUUAAUACUUUGGAUUUAUAUGUGGACCAUGUUGGGAUUAUUUGCCAAUUUCUUUAGGGCUGAUCGUAAGCGUGAAGCUGAAGCUAAACCUAAAAAUGCAAAGAAAAUUCAAUAG